GACUUGCCCGACUCGGUCCUGCUGGAGAUCUUCUCUUAUCUCCCGGUCCGGGAUCGGAUCCGAAUCUCCAGGGUCUGUCACCACUGGAAGAAGCUGGUGGACGACCGGUGGCUGUGGCGACACGUCGACCUGACGCUCUACACGGUAUGCGGGUCUGGCCGGGCAGGCCUGGGCCGAGGUCGGGUUGGUCAGACUUCGAAGACCACGCCUCCAACCCUGUGUUUCGAGCGAGGCUCUCCCGGAUGCGGCCCAAAGUCAUGUGGCACCUCCUCCGCCGGUACAUGGCAUCCAGGCUCCAUUCCCUACGGAUGGGCGGCUACCUGUUCUCAGGCUCCCAGGCUCCCCAGCUGUCCCCUGCCCUGAUGAGGGCCCUGGGUCAGAAGUGCCCCAACCUCAAGCGCCUCUGCCUGCAUGUGGCCAACCUGAGCAUGGUGCCCAUCACCAGCCUGCCCUGCACCCUGAGGACCCUGGAGCUGCACAGCUGUGAGAUCUCCAUGGCCUGGCUCCAUAAAGAGCAGGACCCCACGGUGCUGCCCCUGCUCGAAUGCAUUGUGCUGGACCGCGUCCCUGCCUUCCGCGAUGAGCACCUGCAGGGCCUCACACGUUUCCGCGCCCUGCGCUCACUGGUGCUGGGUGGCACCUACCGGGUGACUGAGACCGGGCUGGAUAUGGGCCUGCAGGAGCUGAACUACCUGCAGAGGCUGGAGGUGCUGGGCUGUACCCUCUCGGCCGACAGCACCCUCCUGGCCAUCAGCCGCCACCUCCGAGAUGUGCGGAAGAUCCGGCUGACCGUUCGGGGCCUCUCGGCCCCUGGCCUGUCUGUCCUGGAGGGCAUGCCAGCCCUGGAGAGUCUGUGCCUGCUGGGGCCACUUGUCACCCCGGAAAUGCCUUCCCCACAGGAGAUCCUCGCCUCCUGCCUCACCAUGCCCAAACUCAGGGUCCUUGAGCUGCAGGGGCUGGGCUGGGAGGGUCAGGAAGCAGAGAGGAUCCUGUCUAAGGGUCUACCGCACUGUAUGGUCAUUGUCAGGGCCUUGCCCAAAGAGUCCAUGGACUGGUGGAUGUGACUGCACCCCCACCCCUGACCCAGGGAUCCCCCUCUUAGCUUUCAUUAAUGAGAUCUGGACCCUCUGAGCAGCACCUUGCCAGUAGGCAGGUAAUCAGGUUGGAGAGGCCUGAAGGCCACAGGUAGAGAGAACCCAGACCUUGGGGUCUUCAGGUCAUUGGAACCGUGGUUUACCAGCUGUAUGGCCUCUGUGACAUGAGCCAGCCCCUCGGAGGCCCUAUCCUCACAUCUGGAGAUGAAGAAGACCACAGCUACCUCAUGGUUACGUUACAGAGCCUUAAUGUUUACCACCCCGGGUCCACCAGUGGUCCUCCAUGAAGAGCUGUUCUCAGGAACAGGACGAUGCAGAAGGGCAGAUUAGGACUUAGGGAGACCUGAGGGGCCGAGACCCCUUAGGAAGCCUAGAAAGGCUAUCUAUGCACGCACACCCGCACACUAACAUGUCAUUGAAACGCAGACACACCACUGAUAACACUGACAGACCUACAUGCACACGGGAGAUGUGGAAAGGAGGGCAGAUACAAUUCAUGCUUUGAUGAUCAAAAAUGUUAAUAAAGAUCUGAAGCUGUCCUUUCUGUAUUUUGUAUUCUGAACUUUCCCAACUUUCCAUAGUGUAAUUUUGCUAUUAAAGACAAUCUUUUUUUUUUUUUUUUUUAA